AUGCGAGAGCUUGAGCUGGGCGUUGAACACGCGGACGAGUGCGUGACGAGUUGGUGCAUUCUGGCCAUUGUGCGGCUGUUCUACUUCACGACGGCGGUGGGGAGGGCGCAGUUCGGCAAGGUUACUAUCGGAUCCAAGUUGGCGUUCGCUACUGACGGCAACGACUUGCUCUCGGAUGUUCCGGAUCAGUAUGCCCGCACGGUCUCGCGUCGUAGCAGCCUCCAAAACAAAGUACGGCGCUACCACAAUUCUGGAACCGGAAUGCACGCCUACUACGGAGGCUGUCGGGUGCGCGAGGUCAACACUACUGGAGUCUACGUCGAAAGCUCGUGCGAGGUCUCCAAACACUGGGAAAGUUAUGGGCUGAUGGUGCAGACUCCGGAGGAUCUGCCUCUGUGCAGCACAGGUAGCGUCUGCAUCCGCAACUACUUCAAUACUCAAUGGGAAGUGAUCAGCACCAUCAGCGCGGACAACCCCAAUCGAACCGCCAUUGCCCACAACUCGUACCGAACCCGGUACGCUGACUCGGUAGGGAUCAGUGUUCUCCCCGGUGUCGUGGUCAUGCAGAUCCUGCUCAUGGGCGUUAUAAGCCUCUACCAAGUGAUGUCACACAAGCGCUCCGUGCUGCUCACUCAGAUUUGGGAUUACCGGUGCCAGAAUGGUCGAAUGCAGCCCGUUUACCUCGCGCAGAUCUCCUACCACCUCAUCUAUAACUCGGAUCUGUACCUGCUGGGCUUUGCCACUGGCACUCUGACGAUGGAAUCGAUAGCGAACCUGACUUGCUGCUUCUUCGCCUUCUCGUACUCGUUCAUCAACAUGGCAAAGGCGCGUUCGGGUGACCAGCAACUGGACCGUGAGCUCCGACUCAUGUGGGAGGCCAUGCAGAUCGCGAUCACGGUGGCGGUGGUGGUUGGAUUGAAGUCGGUGCAGCACACGCCGCUGGCCGCCAUUAUCUCUGACAACGCACAGAUUCUACGCAAGUCGUCGGCACUUGGAGCUAAGUACUGCGGUCUUAACGACGCUUGCAUCAUGUUCACGGUCAGUAUCAUCGUUGUCGCUAUAAUAGCAUCCGUGAGCGUGGGGGUGUUCGCAGUCAUCACCUCCAAGAUCGCGAAAAAGAUGAGUGCCAAGGCAAGAGCUGCCGGGUAUAUCGCUCAGUCAAGUACGCGAGUCAGCUCAGCUAUCGUAGUGCUGCGGGCUGGCAUGAAGGAUUCAGGUCAAAAGGUCGACCCCAGUGAGCCCCAACUCACGACGUUCGAGCAGAACUGCAUCGGUGCGCCAUUCAGCAAGCUGUUCCACGACUGCGACGACAUCGCGUACGUCGUGUACAACGAUACUCGCUGCAUUACUGUCGAGGCAGUACUCCUCACGGGGUAUCUGUACUACGGCGAGCACAUUUACCAGGCGUCCUCCGUGAUGCUCCUGCUGAUUGCGCGAUACGUUCCCAGCAAGGUACUGCGGACGUUUAACGUGCUUCUGCUGCGGUGGCACGUGGACCAGAAAGCGGGGACUUUGACGCACGUGCAGUCUUGCUCGUGGUUUAGAGCAAGCAGGGAGAGCCACAAGCUAGCCAAAGAAGUUCCCGUGGCCUAA